UCCUGCUUUUGUGGGUGCUCUGAGACCCCCCUCCUCGGCCCUGGGACAUCGCCCUUCGUUGGGCUUAAGUCCCUUGCUGCUAUUGGGGAGGGGGCCCACCUCAGUGUAGAGUUGCGAUCCCCCUUUGCCUUAGGGACCUAGUGUCUCUUUGGUGCGCUUGAUUGUGAGCAUGGCGUCAGCCAGUGACGGAGAUCCAGGCAUGGUACCAUCUUAUGCCAAGCUCAAGAACUCAGUACGUAUAUCGUACUUGGAGGACCAGAGAAAGAACCGGGACCUGAAGUACAUCGUGGAGCAAGUUCUGCUGGGCGUCUUUGGAUUAAGGAAGCAUGAGAUAUUAUCCAUCCAAGAUUAUCCGAAAAGAGGAGUAUACGAUGUUACUUUUACGGAAGGAGGUAUUUACAAGGACUUUGUUAUACAGAUGAAGAAGGUAAGCGGAGAUGCCCGCUUGAGUGGAAUAAGAAUUGUUGAGCACUUUCCCGAUGAACUUAUGCUUUUAGUUAUAAAAAUGUACUCUCCAUACGUUAAAGAAGAUGAAAUUGUUGUGUUUUUAAGGAAUUUUUGUAAAAAAAUUAUAAAUAGAGGGAAAGUGAUGAAUGAGUGUGGAAUAUGGUCCUCUAAGUGGAAGUUUCUGGUUGAGUUCAAAGAAGAUCUAUUACUCCCAGGACGAAAGGUUAUGCCUCCAGCUCGGUUCAAGUUAGGAAAUGUAAAUGGUGACGUGUUUUUCCCAGGAAUGCCCAAUUUCUGCAGAGCUUGUAGAAGAUAUGGACAUGAUAAAAACGUAUGUGAGAGUACAUGUACAAAUUGUGGCAGCACUGAGCACUCCUCCAGAGAAUGCACAAAAGAAAAGAAAUGCAGUUUAUGUUACAGAGUUGACCAUUUGUAUGCUUCUUGUCCUCACAGAAACAAAGAGAAACAACAGAGAAGCCAGCCAGACCCCCGUCAUAUGAACAGAGAAGACAGCAAACCAGAAGAAAACCCAACUGAUCAACAUGGUGAGUCUGCUACCUCUGAUGAAGAUGGAUAUGAGAAACCCUCCAGCAUGAAGGUAAGAAGAAAGGAGAAGAAAGCAUGGCAGACAGGAGCUCCUCUCUCGCAGCAGAGGGGUAGUAACCUGGAUGAAGCUGUCAGCAAGCCUCAGAGUGCCCCCCUGAGGAAGCCAGAAAAUGUUGGGGCUAAGAGAAGAAAGACCGGAACAGGAAGAGAAGAGGCGUUUGUGGAAGAAGAGGGGGGGGUAGGGAUGCCAUCAGGUGUUCCAGCCCCCUCCCCAAGUGAAACAGGCAACUCGUCCAUGGUUCCCGACACGGUGGAAGUCGUUGUGCCCGACCAGCUGCCCGGGGUGGCUCCGACAGGUCAUCCCGGGGAGGAGAUGGACACUGGGCAAGGUGACGGAGACGGGACAACCCCUGUUCCGGCGAAGAGGAAUCCUCUCCUUAGUCCCCUACCGGAGGAUCUUCAGGAGGAGUUUUCUUCUUACAGGAAUGUGGCAUCCCUCACCAAGCAUCAUACAAGAAAUAUGAAGAAGACUGGAAGCAUGGCCCCUCAGUGUGGUCAGGGUCCAACGCAUCUAAAUCUGGAGGAGUUGCUAUACUUUUUAAGGUCUAUCCCAGAGAAGGAAAUAUUGGAUACCAUAAACAGUUUUAAUUUGGAUGUUUUUAAUACCAAGAUUUUACCACAGUCAUGGAAAAUGGUGAAUUUUAACAAGUGCGAGAUUUUAAAAGUCGGCAAGCUGGAUACAAGAGACAUAAAGGUACCGGUAGUAGAAAAAGUAAAAAUUUUAGGUGUGUAUUUUAAUGAAUUAAAUAAUGGAAACGAAAGCUGGGAGCUAACAAUGCAAAAGGUGAACCAAAAAUUAUGUGUAUGGAGACUAAGAGACCUUACAAUGGAAGGAAAAGUGCUGAUUUUAAAGAUGAAUGUUUUUAAAGACAACUAUUGGUCGUUCUUUUUGCGCUAUAAUGUUGGUAAUCUCAUGAGACACCAUGAAAAGAUUGUUUCUCUUUUUAAACUGUUUGAUUUUAGUAAAGAUAUUCUAAUCGAUGGGAAAAAACUUACGAGAGUCAUUUUAAACAAUAUUAACAUAAGGACUUAUCCUGGAGCUGCAUCCACAGUUGCCAUCCGUGCCGGGCUUUCCAACACCGUAGAGGAUUUGCAAGCACAGCAAAGUGUCCAAGAGAGGGAUGCCACGAAGAGGAGACUGUUUUACAUCUUUUAUGGACAUGUGAUUUUUCUAGAAGGAUAUGGACUAAAAUGCUGCCACUUUUAA